AUGAAAAAAAGUCCGUUUAACGAUGCAUGGAUAAAAAAAAUGCAAGAUGAGAAACAGGAGCAACAACAACAACAACGACAACAACAACAACGACAACAACAACAACGACAACAACAACAACAACAACAACAACAAAAAUGGUUUUACAUACAAAUCUAUGAUAUAAGAAUUGUUUUGAUAGGAAAAAUGAAUGAGGUAUUUGUUUCCUUCCCCGUUUAA